CCUUGUUCAUCUUCUAUUAGAUUGAGACCUAGCUCUCCACCACAGCGCGGCUAAAGUUCUACUAUAUCGAAUUCUAAUACCUUCGAAAAUUCGAGGCUCGAGGGGUCGUUCUCUAUAACUCUUUAUCGACUUAUUUCAUCUACAUUAGUUCAUAUACGACCUAGCGAGCCAUUGUCACUCUUCAAACCUGUGUACUGUUUCGCAUCUCGUCUUUCCAACGUACAAUGGUAGGGUUUGUUGAACGUUUCCGGAAGCCCAAGCUACCAGUCGCCCCAGUUUCUCCCUCCAAAGAUCAUAUAUUACCAUCACAACCAACUACCCCACAACACUCCAGGCCACCUGUGGUGCGGAAUUUCUCCUACCCAACUAACGUGGGAAACUCAGAGCAACUGACACAUCCAUCGGCGCCCUCAACCGGACAAACAGCUUGGGACCGGCUUGGUGAAAUUUGUAGCUUUUCUCCCGAUAACAUAUCACGGACAGGGAAAAUCAGGUCGCCCACAUUAGAUGAUCCCUUUUUCUUCAAAUCUGGGGCGGAGCCAUAUAGUCGGCUAGAGGACGAAGAGGGUGAUAGCUUCGGUAUUAGCGUCUCGCCUGAGAGGCUCAUUGACCGAGAGUCACCAUCUGAAGAAGAGCCCAAAGCACGAAAGAAGCAACGCAGAAGCACCUUGAUGGGACUAACCUCGUCCCAGGCCCAAAAUUCUUCACGACUCUAGAAGAGUGCCGAGAAGAAUGCGCUAAAGGAUAAGGCAUCCAAAUUAUCCAAGAGUCAAUCUUUAGGUGACCGUAUUUUUACUC